UUUGCGUACCUGGCCUGGCUCAUCUACUCCAUCGCCUUCACUCCCAAGGUCGUGCUCAUCCUGGGCACGUCCAUCCUGGACCUCAUCGAGCUGCGGGCGCCCUUCGGCACCACGGGCUUCCGCCUCACCAUGGCGCUGUCCGUGCCGCUGCUCUACAGCCUGGUGCGUGCCAUCAGCGAGGCGGGUUCGCCUCCGGGCUCGGCGGGUCCCCUGCUCCUGCAGCCACAGCAGCAUCGCGCCGCGGGCUGUUUCCUGGGCACGUGUCUGGACCUGCUGGACAGUUUCACGCUGGUGGAGCUGAUGCUGGACGGCCGCGUGCCGCUCCCCGCGCACCUGCGCUACCUGCUCAUCGCCGUCUACUUCCUCACGCUUGCCUCCCCAGUGCUCUGGCUGUACGAGCUGAACACCACCGCAGCAGCAGCUCCGUCCUGGGGCCAGGCCUCCGGACCUGGAAGCUGCAGCCGCCUUUUGCGCUUGCUGGGCGGCUGCCUGGUGGACGUGCCCUUGUUGGCGCUGCGCAGCCUCCUGGUCGUGAGCUACCAACAGCCUCUGUCCAUCUUCAUGCUCAAAAACCUCUUUUUCCUUGGCUGCCGUGGCCUGGAGGCCUUGGAGGGCUGCUGGGACCGGGGGAGUUGGGUUUCCCCAAGUCGGGCCAGAAACAGCUAUGGUGCUCCUCCCUCUGCCCCCCCACCACCUCCACCGCAGCCACCUCAGGGAGGCUCCCAGCGGGGCCACUUGGAAAACGAAGGGGGGCCUCAUGGCUAUGUCAACACUCUAGCUGUGGCCUCUCAGAAUUGA